UCAAUGGGCGUCCCACGGCGGAGGCAUCCGCGACAUGCAUGAACAGCUCCCCGUCCCAAAGCCCAGGUGCCACGUUGCAUUUCUGUUAGCACUCGGUGCAUAAAUUUCUGCCUCGCUCAUUGGUCUGCUGCCACUUUCUCCCAUUGUGUUGCCAUGAUGCACUUCAAAGAUGAAGUCGAUGUAGACGCUGUUGCCCGUGCUGGGCUGGAGAAGCUAGGCUACAAGCAAGAGAUGACGCGGUCUCGAGGACUAGUACAAAUAUUAUUCAUGACGCUAGCAAUCAUGGCAGUCCCAUUUGGUCUUACAUCACCUAUCGCGACAUCGCUCGUUGGAGGUGGUCCAGUGGUAAUAAUAUGGGGUUGGAUCUUGGUGUCAGUCCUGACCCAAACGCUCGCUUUUUCACUGGCGGAGAUAUGCUCCAAAUAUCCCACAUCAGCAGGGGCAUACUACUGGUGUUAUCGACUUGCGUCCCCCCGCACGCGACUUCUUGCCUCCUGGAUCAAUGGCUGGUUGACGGUCGUUGGUGGUUGGAUGGGUGAUUUGAGUGUAAAAUUUGCUGCUCAACUUGUUGUCGCCGGAGCCGGAAUAUAUUUUCCUGAUUGGAACGCUACAGCAUCGCAAACAUACAUGAUUUUCCUCGGCGUGACUACUGUUGCUGGCAUAUUCUGCGUAUUCUUUAACAGGCUCCUACCAACCGUUGAUAUUAUAUGUGCUUGCUGGACUGGCUUAGGCACCAUUGUUAUCUCGAUAUGCUUGUUAGCCAAGGCCGCAGCAGGACGUCGCUCCGUCUCUUUCGCGCUCGGGAACUUCGAUCCGACAUUUUCAGGAUGGACGCCUGGGUGGUCUUUCUUCAUCGGUCUAUUGCCGCCUGCAUAUACAUUCUCUGCUAUAGGAAUGAUCACAAACAUGGCCGAAGAGGUUCAUAAUCCUUCUGAAACACUUCCGAAGGCCAUCGUCUCAUCUGUACCCAUUGGUACAUUAACUGGUGUGGUAUACCUUCUGCCAAUCCUUUUCACACUUCCAGAUGUCGUGACAAUGCUUCAAGUUUCUUCCGGUCAACCGAUUGGUCUGAUGUUUACUUUGAUCAUGGGCUCCAGGGCUGGUGGUUUUGGGCUAGUGAGUUUGCCGUGGCCUUUUGUCCGGGCUGUAUCUCUGAUUUGGCGGAGUAUUCAGUGGUUCAUUAUAUUUGGUAUCAGUAUGUUUUGUUCAAUCUCCACAUCUUGUGCCAGUUCUCGUGCAACAUGGGCGUUCGCACGUGACAGAGCCAUUCCAUUUCAUCGAUACUUUGCCAAGAUUGGCCCUUACCCCGAAGAUGUCCCGGUGAAUGCGUAUGCACUCUCCACCGUAAUUCAAGUUCUCCUUGGACUCGUCUACCUCGGUUCCUCAGCUGCAUUCAACGCUUUUGCAGGAGUCGCCGUCAUGUGUCUUGGAGCGUCCUACGCCAUGCCCGUUGCCAUCUCGCUCAUGAACGCCCGGCGAGACAUGCAUGAUGCCCCAUUCAACCUUGGCAAGUUCGGCACUAUCAUCAAUGCAGUCGCAGUGCUGUGGAUCAUGUUCGUUACUGUGCUAUUCUCGAUGCCUGCUAUCAUCCCAGUAACGAUGUGGUCGAUGAAUUAUGCUUCUGUAGUGUUUGUGGGGUUCGGGAUGAUCAGUGCAGUGUGGUAUUUGAUCAACGGCCAGUUUUACUACAGAGGACCUCCAACCCAGGAAGAACCAACAAGCUCCCCCGGAUCCUCGGACUCUACUUCGUAUUGAGAGAAUUCUGGGCGACAAUCACGGUGGAGAUGCUACUAUCAUUAAGCGAUGGGGGUCGAGAUCGAGGUGUCAGCGCAUGGUAGCUCUUGCCUUUCGGUCUCCCAUGCAUGUGAUUGUGAUUAUUAUAGCAGUAAAGCCGUUGUGUAUAGUCUGUAGACAUGAUGUUGUAGGCUUCGUUAGACUAGCUAGACGUCACAGGUUGGUGAAGAACCCCCGUAAAGCACAAGUUUGAGAGCAUGACAGGGGUAAUUUUCCUUUUUGAUAUGGCUUAUCUUC